GAGCCUGGAGUGUCUCCUCGUUAAUGCAUCGAGGAAUUUAUCUGCGGGGAAAAUGAACAUAGAACAAAAAAAUGACAAAGCUCCCUCAGUGCUGAGUGGGCUCCCCUCUCACUACGUGUCAGCUCUGGGGACAGCAGCUUGUGAGAAAGCACAAACAACUGUUUUACCCGUGAAGUGAAGCAGCCAGCGAGCAGGAGCAACGGUCAAUAAGGGCGCGGUUUGAUGUGGUUUCAUAACUGCUCCUCCCAUUGAGCUUUUUUUCUUUCUUUCUGCCUUAUUAAUGUUUCCGUGUGCUUCUAAGCAAUCUCGGGGAGAGCAGCUCUUACCAGACAGAAUCUGGAUUCUUUAUUCGUAAGGUGGAGUUAAGGCAGGUCUCCAGGCGGUGACAUACCUCCCUCCUGAAAGGAAUAACAUCUCCAAGCAUAUGGCUAAACAAAAGAUCGCAGUUGUUGGUGCUGGCUUGAUUGGCCUCUCAACAGCAGUGUACAUUUCAGAAUCUAUCUCCAAGUGCUCUGUGACUGUAAUUUCGGACAAAUUUACUCCCAACACAACGAGCGAUGUAGCAGCCGGAAUGCUUAUUCCACACACUUAUCAAGGCAUACCAAUUCAUCAGCAAAAGCAGUGGUUUAGGGAGACCUUCGACUAUCUUUUUGAAAUCAAUAAUUCAUCGGAGGCUUCAGAUGCUGGCAUUAAUCUGGUGUCUGGCUGGCAGAUCUUUAAAACCAUUCCUGAUGAAGUGUUACCAUUCUGGUCUGAUGUUGUCCUGGGAUUUCGCUCAAUGACUGAAGAGGAGCUGAAGAAAUUUCCACAGCACAGAUUUGGUCAGGCUUUUACUACACUGAAAUGUGACGGCCCAUCCUAUCUGCUAUGGUUGGAGAAAAGGUUGAAAGAGAAUGGCAGCCAGGUGUAUGCUAGACGAAUUGAAGAUCUGUGGGAACUACAUAACAGAUAUGACAUAGUGAUCAACUGUUCAGGCAUUGGAUCCAGAGAACUCAUGGGUGACUUGGAGAUACACCCCGUCAGAGGCCAAGUACUCAAGGUCGAUGCUCCUUGGGUGAAUCACUUCAUCCGGGAUGGGGAUGGUUUAACCUACAUCUAUCCAGGAAUACACAAUGUAACAUUAGGUGGGACAAGGCAAAAGGACAACUGGAGCUUGUCCCCAGAUCCUAGAAGUAGCAAAGAUAUAUUUGAUAGAUGUUGUGCUCUUGAACCCUCACUUCAAAGAGCCCAGGACAUAAAGGUGAGGGUGGGUCUGAGGCCAUCCAGGUUCGCUGUGAGACUGCAGAAAGAGAUACUGGUCCAUGAUGGGAAAAAACUGCCCGUGGUCCACAACUAUGGACAUGGUUCGGGUGGCUUUUCAGUGCACAGGGGCACUGCUAAAGAGGCUGCUCGACUGGUGGGAGAAUGCAUUGCUGCUCUGGAAGGCUCCUCUUUGAAGGCAAAGUUAUAAUCACUGGGGCCUCCUUUUCAGUUAUUGUUUGGCUAUUAUAAAUCUACUAGUAAUACCUUUGGAAUGUUAUUCUAUAAGCAAUGGAAGAAGCUGCGUGCCACAUUCUGAACUGUAGCCAAGUGCUUGUUUUGUGAAAAAUGUUUGCCCACAGGUGAUAGGGUGUUUUUGUUUUAUUUUUCUGUGAGUUCAUUCAAGAGUAUAAUGAUUGUCUAGUUUCACCCACAUAGCUGUUGUUGGGGCAUGAGAUGCACUGGGUGAGGUAAGACCCAAGGAUCUUGAAAGGUGUGCUGUGGGAGGUAUAGAUUCGAUAGAGACAGUAGUUUUAUGUCUGUUUACAACAACGUGUAACCCCAAAAACCUCCUUUGUUCUAUGACCAUGGAAGUGUCAAUGGGCCAUUUCAUUUUGAAUGGCAUGCAUUAGCUCCUCUGUUUAACUAUCUGUUCCACCUUGCAUUUAGAUGUGACACUCUGAUUACCUUUUACAGACCUGAAUAAAACCUCUCUGCGUAGCUUGAAAGCUUGUCUCUGUCUCUUCCACCAACAGAAGAGAUAUCUUCUCACCCAUCUUGUCUCUCUCAUAUCCUGGGA